AUGAGCGGCGACAGGCGGAUCGUCGUGGCUGGAUUCUGCGAAAUGAGUGAGCUCCAAAUGCCCAUCCACACCUUCUCGUCCAUCUCUCGUCCAUCACCAUCUUCCUUCCCACACACCGACAUCCAGCCUGGCCUCGCCAUCCUCGCCGCACCCAUAUCUACCAUGUCGUUCAUGGAGAAAUUCCGCACCGCGGCUCAGAAGGCCGGUGUGCAAGCAAACGCCUUUGCCCAGCAGACAAGCCGCACCAUCAACGAGCAAGCCGCUACCGCUCGAGCCGGGUUCUCUCUCCCUAAGGAAUGCGAUCGAGCUGCCAAGAUUCUGCAAGCAUUCCUCGCCGACCCAGACCACCCUGAUUCGGCGCUCAAUUCCAUCCCCAAAGCUGUGCUGCAGCACGCCAAAGGUUUGGCCAUCUUCAGUGUUAUCAAGGCUGGCUUUGUUUGGUCAGGAAAGAUCGGCAGUGGUGUAGUGAUCGCUAGAUUGCCAGAUGGCAGCUGGUCCGCACCAAGCUGUAUCGGAACCGGCGCGGUAGGAUUCGGUCUUCAAAUCGGUGCCGACCUUACCGAGUUCGUCAUCGUCAUGAACAGCGAUGAGGCCAUCAAAGCGUUCGCCUACGCCGGCAACCUCACUGUCGGAGGCAGUCUCUCCGCUGCAGCCGGACCCAUCGGAACCGGUGCAGCAGUCAACCUUGCUGUUCGUGACCCAGCUCCGCUCUUCACCUACUCAAGAUCCAAAGGUCUCUUCGCAGGAAUCUCGCUGGAAGGCACAGUGCUCGUGGAGAGGAAGGAGACCAACAAGGACUUCUACGGUCAACCCAUUCCUGCGAUCGAUCUGUUGACGGGUAAGGUUCCCGCACCGGAGGCGGCGAGUGCCAUGUACGAGGUCGUCGAGGCAGCAGAGAUGGUGGAUGAAAGCGGAGUGCCUCAGCAGAGCUAUGUGCCUGAUGUUCAGGGUGCAGGUGCGGUCAGUGGAUACGACCUCAGCGGCGGUCACACAGCGGGUGCACCUGCAGCAGCCGGCCCGGCGAGCGGCGUGACAGCCACACCAGCAGCAUCCGCUGCAGCCGCCGCACCGGGAACGACCGAAGCCAACAAGCCCAUCUUUGAUGCUGAAAAGCACUGA